AUGUUGCUGGCGCCGGGUGCCUUCUCGUUCUGGAGUUCAUCAGCAGCCUCUGGUAUGCAAUCAUACAAAGAAAAUAAUGUUGCUGAACUGGCAGACUGUGAUGCCACAGUAGAAUUUGUUAAAAAGGUCAACUGCUUGGCUGAUGCUAUGAAUAGCAACACACCAAGAAAUGCAUUAAAGCCAGGCAAUAGUGAGUGGGAGAAUAUAGAAUCAUUUUUGGUAGCAUUCAAAGCCAUGAGAGCAUAUGCUAAUGAAAAACUAAGAGACAGACUUGAGAAAGCUGCGAAAGCAACGGAGGAGUUUCAGAAAAAACAAACAAAAGCACAGUCCAAAAGGAAACGCAAAGCUCCACCUGCUAAUCAUGCCAAGCCCGAUAAAGUUCCAGAAGCCUUCAUAUUUUCUGAAUCAUCUGACAUUGGUCUUUUAGUCACUCUCCAAGCAACUAAGGAAAUAUGUACAUUCUUAACUGAGAAAUGUGGCUACCAAUAUUUGAUGACUGCUAGACUGAACCAAGAUGCUCUGGAGCGAUUCUUUGGCCUGGUUCGACAAUCUGCUGGACAGAACACUCACCCAGAACCCAAAGUUUUUGCACAACUUUUUCGCCUCCUCUCCCUCUAUUCACUUGUUCGACCACUUAAAGGAAGUAACAUCACUGGGGGAGAAAUGUUACAUACCCUUUUGAAUUUGGAGGAUUUCCGCAACAAGGCACCAGAAGUGUGGAGCAUGAUGGAUGACGUGCUCGACGAGGAGCUGGUCGACGAAGAGCUGGUCGAAGACUCGCUGUCGCUGCUCGACGACUCGCUGGCGUACUCUCUGAUCAAAUCCAUGGCGAGCGGCAGCGGCAAACACACAGAAGAUCACAAGCUCUCUGGCGUCCGCACGAUAGCAGACUCAGAAGAACAAUGA